CUUCUUUUCCUGACGAAUCUCAUUUGUGAAUUCCUACGGUUCUUCUCUCUCCUUCGCCGUCUCCCAUAAUAUCUCGAUUUAUUAAUUCCUCGAGUAAUCUCCAAAACACACUCCAAGCCUCUUCAGCUUUUAGACCGCUUGGACGCCUUCUUCAGCUGGACUGAGAACUCGCUCCUUAAACAUCAUGAAAUAAUGGCCUCCAAGGACAGGUCUGGGGCCGCUUGGCCUGACGUUCCCCCUUCCCUCAACCAUGAAUCUGUCGAGAUGGCCAGCCUAGGCAAGGAGCAACUCCUGCCCCACGCCGAUACGGCCCCAGGCGUCACGCCGUAUCUGGGCCUCCGCGCAAGGCUAUCGCAGAUCUGGCUCAACAGGUGGACGAUAUUACUACUCCUCGUUCUGGUCCGGGUACUUCUGCGGAUCGGCAGUCUCAACGACAAUAUCGGCGAUGCCAAGGUCAAGGCUCUGUCGUCGUGUACCAAGGUGGAGGAUAUUGGCAGCGCCAUGGCCUCGAUGCCGCACUACCUUUCCGUUGGAGUCAACUCUCUCGCGGCCGACGGCAUCAACAAGGCCAUCAGCGCAAUGGUCGAGGUCCUGAUGAUGAUCCUCACGGGCGUUGAGGCCCUCAUCCUCUUCGUCAUCAACAUGUAUGUCGGGACGUACGCCUGCCUCAUCGCCGCCUUUAUCCACGGCGGUUUGGAUGUUGGUGUCAGCGCCGUCGAGGGCGCCACCGACUUCAUGAACAAUGCCAUCGACAAGAUCACACAGUCCAUCUCGGACGACGUUGGCAAGAUCCAGAACGCCAUCAACAGUGCGUUCAGCACCAUCUCCAGCAGCGCCAGCAUUUUCGGUGCCAAUAUCGAUCCGCCAAAGAUCGACAUCACCGGGCACCUGGACGACCUCAAGAACAUCCAAGUCGACGAUACCAAGUUUGUCCAGGACCUGAUACAGCUCAACAAGACCAUCCCGACCUUUGACCAAGUCAAGAAUUUCACCGAGCACGCCAUCUCCAUCCCCUUCGACCUGGUCAAGACCCAGCUCAACAACAGUCGUUCGGGCUGGGCCUUUGACAAGUCGAUUUUCCCGGUCGCCGAGAAGCAGGCACUCAGCUUCUGCUCCGAUAACUCGUUUAUCAGGGAUUUCUUCCAGUCCAUGUUCGAGCUCAUCGCCAAGGCAAAGAUCACCUUCAUCGUCGUCCUCUCGAUCCUGGCCGUCGCCGCCUGCAUCCCCAUGGCGUACCUCGAGAUCCGCCGGUGGCGGCGGCAGCAGCGGGACGCCUACGUCUUCACCAAAUACGGCUACGACCCCAUGGACGUCAUCUACAUCGUCUCGCGGCCCUUCACCGCCAUCUGCGGCAUCAAGGCGUCGUCCAGGUUCUCCGGCCGGCGCCAGGUGCUGGUGCGGUGGGCCAUCGCGUACGCCACGUCGUUCCCGGCCCUCUUCGUGCUCUCCCUGGCGAUCGCGGGCUUCUUCUCGUGCCUGUGCCAGUACAUCCUGCUGCGGGCGAUCCAGAAGGAGGCGCCGGCGCUGGCGAGCCAGGUCGGCAACUUCGCCGAGGACGUGGUGACGACGCUGCAGGGGGUGUCGGUGCGGUGGGCCAACGACGCCAACGGGGUGGUAGGCCACUUCAACGACGAGAUCAACAACGACGUGCUAGGCUACGUGGUCAACGCGACGGCGGCUGUCAACGACACGCUCAACACGUUCGAGACGGAGAUGAACGACGCGCUGGACACCGUCUUCAAGGGCACGGUGCUGUACAAUGUCGUCAAGGGCGUCAUCCACUGCCUCAUCGGCAUCAAGAUCGACUCGGUGCAGAAGGGGCUGACGUGGGUGCACGACCACGCCCGCAUCGACCUCCCGCUCUUCCCCAACGACACCUUCUCCCAGGGCGCCUCCAACAGCAUCCAGGGCGACAGCGAGCUCACCAGCUUCCUCGCCACGCCCGCCUCCGUGACGACAGACGAGAUCACCGGCGCGGUCGAGCACGUCACCGACAUGCUCCACUCGGGCAUCGUCCAGGAGGCCAUCAUCUCGACGGCCCUGCUGCUCAUCUGGAUCAUCAUCAUCCUCAUCGGCCUCUGCCGCGCCCUCGCAGGCAUGGCAGCCCCCAACAGGACCCGCGCCGAGGGCGGCCAGCGCUACGCCAUGACCACCGCCGACCCCACCACUGCUACUACAGGCACGGCGGCGGUGGCGGGGGGCCCUGUCCGGACACGAUUCCCGCAGUUCGGAGGUGGCGGUGCCGCCAGCGCGACUGCGGACGACUUCGAGGCCCGGGCGGCGCGCGACGAGAAGCUGGCGGCCGGUGGGGUCCGCGGCGGGAAGGCGGGCGGGCUGAGGAGUCCCGGGUACUGGCGGGGUAGCAGCUACGGGCACGUUGAGGACGCCGGGAGGUAGGAACGGGCUCGGCUUGGUUAGUUGUGCCUCUACUUGGAAAAGGGGGAAGAGGGGGGCAUUGAGAGCGGUUUGGAAGGUUUAUUGCAUUCCCGGAACAGGCAGGGUUUAGACGGUUCCGGUGCUGGCGUUCUGCUGGCCGGCUUUUCACG